GCUGAAACCACCAGUCUGCCGGAAGUAAAGAAGAAGAGCUUCCAUUGACAGGUGGAUGUUUUGCUGUGGGUCAAAUCCAUCGGGGCGAAUAUUCCUCCUUUAAAUCAUUUCGCCGGUUAUUCUACCGGGGCGUGAAUGACCUCUGACAUCCGUCUACCGGAUCUUAGUCUCGGUCUUUCCGCUGUUCGUCCCGCGCACCGACCCUCUGAUGGCCUCCAGGCGGCCGGACAGCUUUGACGGACUCGGCUACCGCGGCCGCGACGACCCGCUGUACGGAACGAGCUACCCGGUGAGAAGCGCCGGAGGCCCUGCAGAGCAGCAGCACCACCACUGGGUCAGCACGCCGCCGGAUAUCCCCGGCAGCCGCAACCUGCACCACGGAGAGCGGACGCCUCAGCAUGACGAUCCGCUGGGAGAGCGCGGAGGUCCCGCAGGUGCAGCCGGCUGGGAUGCUCCGCAGCCCGGGGUACCGCCUGCCGAGCAGCUCAAUCGAUUUGCUGGAUUCGGAAUCGGACUCGUUAGCCUGUUCACUGAGAACGUCCUCGCUCAUCCCUGCAUCGUCUUCCGCAGACAGUGUCAAGUGAACUACCACGCCCGCUGUUACCACCUGACGCCCUUCAGCGCCGUGGCUGUCAUGUACAGCAUCACCAAGGCUCAGGGUCUUAAGGCUCUCUGGAAGGGGAUGGGCAGCACCUUCAUCGUUCACGGCAUCACACUCGGAGCCGAGGGCGUCAUAAGCGAGUUCACGCCGUUACCACGGGAGCUGCCUCACAGCUGGAGCUGGAAACAGCUGGCUGGACAUUUACUGCUUAAAGGGUUAACGGCCGUCGUGGCGCUUCCUUUCUACUGCGCCAGCCUCAUUGAGACCGUACAGAGCGAGAUCGUGCGUGACGAGUCGGCGUCCGGGCUGCUGGACUGCGUGCGGGAGGGUCUGACCCGGCUGCUGGGCGUCGGCGCUCCUCACAGCCACCGGCUGCUUCCUCUCGGCGCGCUGCUGCUCCCCGUCGCGCUGCACGCCAUCCUGCGCUACGCCGUCGCCGCCUCCGUCCAGCGGGCGGCGCUGUGGUUCCAUCAGCGCGGCGGGAAGCAGCGCGCCAACCCGUCCAACCCGCUGGACGCCUACUUCCCCGAGCUGGCCGCGGCGUGGGCGGGGUCCCUGGCGGCCGACGUCUUGCUGUUCCCCCUGGAGACGGCGCUGCACCGCCUCGGCCUGCAGGGAACGCGCACCAUCAUCGACGCCACCGACGGCGUGGUCGCCGGGGGCAACGUGGGCAGCCCGCUGGUGCUGCCCGUCAACACGCAGUACGACGGCUUCCGCGACUGCCUCAACGCCAUCCGCCGCAAGGAGGGCGCCGCCGGGUUCUAUCGCGGCUUCGGGGCGCUGACGACGCAGUACGCGCUGCACGGAGCGCUGCUCGCCGCCGCCAGGACGCUGCUGAGGCUGCUCCUGCUGGAGGGCGGGGCCAGCUAGAGGCGUUACCGUGGAGACGCAGCUUCACUUCCAAAGUAAAAAAGAUCUGUUUGUCCACAACAAGAAAGAUGUUAAACCUGCCGCGUCAACGAGUGUCAUCAGAAAGCUCCCGGUCACUUAGCCUAGCUUAGCUCAAAGGCUAGAAGCUGGGGCAACUGUUAGCCUAGCUUCAUCAAAAUAAAAAUGAAUGCACCUUCCGGCGAAAUGUUAAAUUCUUAUGUUGACUCGUCCUGAUGUCACUUCAGACCAAAUGUUGUGAAUGUGUGUUGCCAUGGAAACAAAGUGUCGCUUCCUGCUCCAGCAUGCACUGAGACGCAUUCAAACCACGGUGAAAUAGCAUCAGCUUAUUUAAAAAUGUGAAGCCAUUUUUAUUUGUAAAAAGUUGUAAAAAUUGAAAAUCUAUUAGAGACGUAGCUUUAGAUUCAAUUAUAUGUGACCCCUAAAUAUUCAUGUAAUCCAAUGACAUUAGUGAAGAAGAAAUUGAUCAGUUUAAUUGGAGAAGGAAGUGAGGUUGUUGAUUGUUAGUUCAAAAUAUAUGUUUGCAAUUCAAUUGAUAUUCCAAAGUUUUGAAACAUUUGAAUUAAAUUAAAGUGUGUGUCUUUUUAAAAUCACUGAAUGGGCACUUGUUCAGGUUCUGUUCUAUUGUUGUAAAUGUUGAAACUUUGCACUGUGCCCCCAGACAAAUAAAAUAUACACUUGAACAUGUAUUUUCACUUGAAAUAAAACAAUGUGUUCUGGA